CUGGCUCCGCCCCGCCGUGCUGCCUGCUCCCUUCGCACCGCUGCCGCCCGUCCGCCCCAGAGCCGCUGCGCUGCGGCGGAAGUGCUCUGGCUGUGCCUCAGGUCGGCAGGCGAAGGUAUCUGAAGAAAUAGCCUGAAGAUGAACUUCUUCCUGGAAACAUUAAAAGUUAUUGUACUUGUUGUUUACUACUUGCUGGAGUCAUUGGUGUUCUUGGUUGUUCCUGGACGGAAGAAGAAUGUUAGUGGUGAAAUCGUAUUAAUAACAGGAGCGGGAAGUGGCAUUGGAAGACUCUUAGCGUUGAAGUUUGCCAGCCUUGGAGCCACGGUGGUCCUCUGGGAUAUUAAUCAAGAGGGGCUCAACUGCACAGUUAGACUGGCCAGAGAAAAAGGAGCAGGAAGAGUACACUCCUAUGUCUGUGACUGUAGCAAAAGACAGGAUGUCUACAGACUAGCUGACCAGGUUAAAAAAGAAGUUGGUGAUGUCAGCAUCUUGAUCAACAAUGCUGGUAUUGUAAUUGGGAAGAGAUUUCUUGAUUCUCCAGAUGCACUCGUAGAAAAAACCAUGGAAGUGAACACAAUGGCACACUUCUGGACUUACAAAGCCUUCCUCCCAGCAAUGAUUGCUGCUAACCAUGGACACUUGGUUAGCAUAGCAAGUGGUGCAGGACUGUGUGGAACCAGUCAGGCUUCAGAUUACUGUGCAAGUAAAUUUGCAGCAAUUGGUUUUGCAGAAUCAAUUGAUAUGGAAAUGAGAGCUCUGAGAAAGACUGGUGUUAAAACAACAAUUGUGUGUCCUUACGUCAUAAACACGGGAAUGUUUGAUGGUGUUAAAUCCAAGUGGCCACGUAUGGUUCCUGUUCUGGAUCCAGAGUAUGUGGCCGAGAGGAUAAUCACUGCUGUUCGGCAGAACCAAGAAGUCUUGCUUAUACCACGCCUUACUCAUCUUUUAUGUUUUUUGAAAAGCUUCCUACCAGUGAAAGUACUGGUUCUUCUUUUAGACUACUUUGGACUCGUUGAGAUCAUGAAUACCUUCAAAGGUCGACCAAAGAAGGAGUGAAAAAGCACAAAAUUCAAGAGACCAUCAGCUCUAAAGUGGGUGUUGAAGUUAGUUAAAGGUGGUGGUGGGAAAAGUUCACUUCACUAGCAGGUUUGGGUGCCUCAUUUCUCAAUAGUAACAAGACUUUUAAGAGUUGCUUUUUAACUGGCUCUUAAUCAACAGCUUUCAUCUGAACUAUUGUUUUUGGUCCAGCAAGUUGUUUUCUUUUCCCCUCAUUAUGAAAAUACAUUAAUUGAAUUUAGUUUCUUUGGUUUAUAAUGCCUUAAAUGGGAUCCUGCAUCACAAACCAAUAACUGGCAACUUUGGGGGGAAGAAAAGACCAAGAAACCACAUGUAUUUAGCAAGUAUCCAGAAAAGCCUGUAGUCAAUCUAACUUCUGGCUGCCAUUCAGUGAGCCAUGAGGAUGGGCUGUACUGCUGGUGCCAUUAUCAUUCCCAGAUAAGCUGAAGAAUUCAAGAAUUUCCUCAAAGAACAGAUUCUAACUAAUACAAAUGACAUUUUUGUAAGAUAAAAAAUAUACACUGUGUUGGUGAAAAAAAAAUUACAUUUAUUAUUUUUUGGAGGUGUGAUCUCUGAACUCACAGGUGGCAGUGGAUGUUGCGGCAGGGACAGGGAAGGAUAUGUAAACUAAGCAUUUGUGCAGCUAAUCUAUUUUGUGCCUAAUGUAUUUUAAAAGGUAAUACUAUGACUGCAACUUUGUAACAGAAGUCUUUGUAUCUUUUAAGUACAGUAUUUUAAGAACUAUUUUAAAUUGUCAUCUCCUAAGUAUAAAUUUGUAUUUAUAAAGCAUGAGACUGCCAGUC